UCUACUCCUCCGCGACCACUUCUUUUCCAUCUCAAUCCCAUCCCCUCGCUCUGCAUGCCGAACACACCUCGGACGAACCAAUCUUUGAAUGUGAAUGGGCUAACGGCCCGCUCGUCAAGGCCAGCCGGUCAAUGGAAGAUGCAAGUGACAACAAGACUGCCGCAGUGUCCCUUGACAACAAUGUCCAGCUCCUGGGGCGGGCGCGCUCGGGCAGCGCAAGCAGCGGACACAAGCGCAGUUCCUCCGGAUCACUACUAUCGAGACUCUCGUUUCUGCGCAUGAUGCAAGCAACCCAGCACCCGGCGGAGAGCGAACACGCGGGCCUCGAGGCCGACGACGACCGCGACGAUUUCGGCUCGGGCGGCGGCUUGAAAAGCGGACGGGCGGCGAUGUCGACGGCGUUGCAGCAUCGAAAGACGCGCAGGAGGCGAGGCUCGUUGAGGAAAACGGCUCUACUGGGGACGAGAUUCGAUUACCGGGAUAAAAAGACGAGCAGGGCCGCGGCGGAUGCGGUUCGGGGGGAGGCCGGUGGCGGUGGUGGUGGUGGUGGUGGUCAGCUCGAGCAGGGCCAGCUACAGCUACGGCCUCGGAGUCAGCCUGGUCUAUCUCGUCUGCCGCCGGCUUCCCACGCGCGAAUGCGAUCUUUCGCGGACCCCGUCUCGCUGCGGAAUAGUGGGUUUGAGGGCGGCCGUCGGGAUCGGAGGGAUAAUAAUGACUGGACUCUGAUGAUGGAUGUACCACAACGGGUUCGGAGCGCUGCUUCUGCGCCGCAGUAUACGUCGAGUCGAUCAAAGGAGAACAUACUCGGGGAGGAUGUCAUCACCACAGAUGACGAGGACAUUAUCGUGUCCUUUCCUCCUCGGAAAAGCACCGCGGCUGUUUCGGGCGCUUUCCACAGCUCUUCGACGUCGAGUAAUAGCGGCGCCGGUGCAGGCUUGCGUAUCCCCACUCCGUCUUCAAGCAUGGAUUCCUAUUACGCGUUGCAAACGGACCAGGAGUACCGAUCCCCUCAUCGGGCAAAAUCCCCUCUCGCAACGCACCCGGCUGACAUUACAGUAAGCCAAGAAAUGGGCUGGGAUUAUUCGGAGACGGAGUGGUGGGGGUGGAUCAUUCUCAUUGUUACCUGGUUGGUUUUUGUCGUAGGGAUGGGGAGCUGCUUUGGUGUUUGGAGCUGGGCUUGGGAUGUCGGCGAGACUCCCUAUGCGCCGCCAGAGUUGGAAGACGAUCCUACUCUCCCCAUCGUUGGGUAUUAUCCCGCUCUCAUUAUCUUGACGGCAGUCAUGUCGUGGGUGUGGGUUGUGGUUGCGUGGGUGGGUAUGAAGUACUUCAAGCAUGCUAAUAUAACGGGGGAUGAUAUAUGAGUUUUAUGCGAGAAAGGGGGG